AACGACUUCAUGUCUGACUCAGGAACGCAUUGGAGCAAUCAACAACAACUUUUUCGCGACCACUUGAUCUGUUUCUGAAUUCCACAUCGAUCCCAAGAUGCCUUCUCGACAAGAUGUUCACUACUUUGGAGCUGGUCCUGCACCACUUCCAACACCUGUUCUGGAAGAGGCAUCUAAAGCUCUACUCAACUACAAAGACACCGGAAUUGGCAUCACAGAAAUUUCCCAUCGCAGUGCAGAUGCGAACGAAGUUCUUGCAAAUGCCCAGAGUGCCCUUCGUCAGCUGCUAGAUAUUCCGGAAUCAGAUGGUCCCGAUGGCUAUCAAAUCCUCUUCCUGCAAGGAGGUGGCAGUGGAGAGUUCUCCGCAGUCAUCUUCAAUCUUGUCUCCGUCUGGGUCGCAAAGCAAUUGAAAGAUCUGGGAGGUGAUGAGGAGAAGCUGAAGCAAGUCGUACAAGAGCAAUUGAAGCUAGACUAUUUCGUCACUGGCUCCUGGUCUCUCAAAGCAUCGCAAGAAGCAGCUCGCCUCUUGGGCGCCGAGCACGUCAAUAUUGUCACCGAUGCGCGCAAACACCGCGAUGGAAAAUUUGGCGUGAUUCCAGAGUCCUCCGCCUGGACAGCUAGCAACGGCGAACCAGCAUUGACCUACUACUGUGACAACGAAACCGUCGACGGUGUAGAAUUUCAAUCCACACCCACAGGCAAGAACCUCGUCGCAGACUUGAGCAGCAACUUCCUCUCCCGUCCCGUCGACGUCCGAAAACACGCUGUCAUCUUCGGCGGAGCACAAAAGAACAUUGGAACCACAGGCGUUACCAUCGCCAUUGUCUCCAACGCCUUCUUGCCCCCACACGCCGAAUAUGCCAAGCCAGAAGUACUGCGCAAACUUGGUCUUCCUAUCGGUCCAAUCGUCUUCGAUUACCCUGCCAUCGCGAAGAACAACAGCUUAUAUAACACUCUCCCCAUCUUCGAUGUCUACAUCGCCGGCCAAGUCAUGCAACGCCUCCUCACCAUCCACAAAACCCAAGACGGACAAGCGCGUAUCGCAGGCCAGGCAGCUGAAAGCAACCAAAAAGCUUCUCUCCUCUAUGGAGCGCUGGAUAGCCAUCCUUCAGUCUACCAAGUCGUUCCAGACAAGAGCGUCCGCAGCAGGAUGAACAUUUGCUUCCGCGUCAAAGGCGGGGACGCCGAUGCCGAGAAGGCUUUCCUCAAAGGUGCAGAAGAUCUCGGACUCAAGGGAUUGAAAGGUCAUCGCAGUGUGGGCGGUAUGAGAAUUAGCAAUUACAAUGCUGUUCCUGUUGAGGCGGCGGAGAAGUUGGAGAAGUAUCUGCAAGAGUUUGCGAAGGGGAAUCAGUAGAGGAGAAAGCAAUGUGUGUGACUGGGCAUUAGCGUGGAGUUUGGCUGGGUGAUAUAUAAAAAGAGAUGGGACGAUUCAACACAAGACAUGUUGAGAGAAUGACAUGAAAACGACAGUGGUUAACCACGAG